AUGAAGACGAUGGCACGAUGCACAUCAUCCAGUUCGCAUCGAACUAUGCCAUUCCCGCCCACUCCGUCCCGUCCGCCAUUUCGGUCGGUGGGCUUAGCUCUCCCGGCUCCCGAAAUAAACCGUCACCUCAUUUCGUCCCGUACGGUCCAUGGAUACCGGGCGACGCGUAUCCUUCGUACAGAUAAAGCUUGUGCCAGCGCGUACAGAGUACGUGCGUUCCUUUCAACGCAUAACGGUUAA